AUGGCGUCAGACGGGAUGAUUUUAACGAACCACGACCACCAAAUUCGGGUCGGCGUCCUGACAGUGAGUGACAGCUGCUACCGAAACCUGGCAGAGGACCGCAGCGGUGUGAACCUCAAAGACCUCGUCCAUGACCCCUCCCUGUUGGGAGGGAUGAUCGUGGCCUACAAAAUAGUACCAGAUGAAAUAGAAGACAUCAAGGAUACACUGGUGGACUGGUGCGAUGAAAAAGAGCUCAACCUCAUCCUCACCACCGGAGGCACCGGCUUCGCCCCGAGAGACGUCACACCAGAGGCCACUAAAGAGGUGAUCGAGCGCGAGGCCCCGGGGAUGUCUCUGGCCAUGCUCAUGGGGUCCCUCAACGUCACACCGCUGGGCAUGCUCUCCAGACCUGUGUGUGGGAUCCGGGGGAAGACGCUCAUCAUAAACCUCCCAGGAAGCAAAAAAGGCUCACAGGAGUGUUUCCAGUUCAUCCUUCCCGCCCUUCCCCACGCCAUCGACCUGCUCCGGGACGCCGUGGUGCGGGUGAAGGAGGCGUCGGACGGCCUGGAGGAGCUGCCGUCGCCCCCGCCCCCCCUGUCCCCGCCCCCCCGCAGCCCGCCCCCUCCGCUGUCCCCGCCCCGCACGCACACGCAGGACAAGGGCGUGCAGUGCGAGGACGAGGACGAGGACAAGAAGGACAGCGGCGUGGCGUCCACCGAAGACAGCUCGUCGUCCCACAUCACCGCUGCCUCCAUCGCUGCUAAGAUCCCAGACUCCAUCAUCUCGCGGGGUGUGCAGGUGUUGCCGCGGGAUACGACGUCUCUGAGCACCACGCCCUCAGAAUCACCCCGAGCACAGGCCACGUCACGCCUCUCUACCGCCUCCUGUCCCACGCCUAAACGUGUGCGCAGAGAAAGAGACAGAAAAAGAGUGUCAGAGAGAGUGAUAAGUGUGAGCCUCCAGUGUAGGUUGGAGGGCCUAAAAGAUGAUCGCAGGAGGACCUUCAGCUCUCGAGUGCAGUCCAGGUGCAGCAGCAAAGAGAAUAUACUCAGAGCAAGUCACAGUGCGGUGGACAUCACCAAAGUGGCCCGGAGACACCGCAUGUCCCCGUUCCCCCUGACCUCCAUGGACAAGGCCUUCAUCACUGUGCUGGAGAUGACCGCCGUCCUGGGCACCGAGAUCAUCAACUACAGAGAUGGGAUGGGUCGGGUGCUCGCUCAGGACGUUUAUGCCAAAGACAACCUGCCCCCUUUCCCCGCCUCGGUCAAGGACGGCUAUGCUGUGAGAGCGGCCGAUGGACCAGGCGACCGCUUUAUCAUUGGAGAAUCACAAGCUGGAGAACAGCCAACCCACACGGUGAUGCCAGGGCAGGUGAUGAGGGUGACGACAGGUGCACCCAUCCCCUGUGGAGCCGACGCCGUAGUGCAAGUGGAGGACACAGAGCUGUUAAGGGAGUCGGAAGAUGGUACAGAAGAAUUAGAGGUACGAAUCCUAGUACAGGCUCGUCCUGGACAAGAUAUCAGGCCUAUAGGUCACGACAUAAAACGCGGGGAGUGUGUGCUGGCCAAGGGCACCCACAUGGGCCCCUCGGAGAUCGGGCUCCUGGCCACGGUGGGCGUCACAGAAGUGGAGGUCCAGAAGUUCCCUGUGGUGGCUGUCAUGUCCACAGGCAACGAGCUGCUAAACCCAGAAGAUGACCUCCAUCCAGGGAAGAUCCGGGACAGUAACCGCUCCACUCUGCUGGCCACCAUCCAGGAGCACGGAUACCCCACCAUCAACCUGGGCAUCGUGGGGGACAAUCCCGAUGACCUCCUGAACGCUCUGAACGAAGGCAUCAGCCGGGCAGACGUCAUCAUCACCUCAGGAGGAGUGUCCAUGGGAGAGAAGGACUACCUAAAACAGGUGAUGGACAUCGACCUCCACGCUCAGAUCCAUUUUGGGCGAGUUUUUAUGAAACCAGGCCUCCCCACAACCUUUGCCACCCUGGACAUAGACGGUGCUCGUAAACUCAUCUUCGCUCUCCCAGGAAACCCCGUGUCGGCUGUGGUCACCUGUAAUCUUUUUGUAAUUCCUGCCUUGAGAAAGAUGCAGGGGAUUUUGGACCCCAGACCUACUAUAAUCAAAGCAAGGUUGUCGUGUGAUGUGAAGCUGGACCCGCGCCCUGAGUAUCACCGCUGCAUUCUGACAUGGCACCACCAGGAGCCUCUGCCGUGGGCACAGAGCACAGGUAACCAGGUGAGCUGCCGACUGAUGAGCAUGCGCAGCGCUAACGGGCUCCUGAUGCUACCUCCCAAAACAGAGCAAUACGUGGAGCUGCACAAGGGCGAGGUGGUGGACGUCAUGGUGAUCGGCCGGCUAUGA